CCCCAACAGCUGGCAUUGUGUUAGUAAGAAAUGUAAUAUGCAGGUCGUUAAAGGCUACAACUGAAAUAUUCAGGCCGCUCUUUAUUAGUUAAUCCCCCGAAUAUCACUGCCUGUUUUGCUGACUUAUCAAAUGCCUAAUAUAAAUUGUAUCCCCUGUUAAGAGUUUUCACUAUGACUAACGUUUUUUUUUCUGUUAACUGAUCCUCCACCACAAUGUUCAAUUCAGAUGACGCGAGAUGGCAUCGCUACUAACCAGGGGAGGGUGAGGGACUUGUUGUCAUGGAGCGACUACGAGUAUGCGCUCCGGCCUAUAUCAACUUUACAACAGCCCCCGAACCCCUUGCAAAGUCGGCGCAGACGCCGCCCAGAAUACCUACCCCUAUCUCAUGUCACCCCAGCACAAUCAUCCCCUGGGGGGACCCCUUAUAUGUAUGGCGGCCCGUACGGAGUUGCCCCACCCCACCCCGUGCUGGUACAACAACAGCGCUUAGAUCGGGGUCCUUGCCAUGUGACAAUGGGGCCACACGCUGGGCAGUAUAUCAUGCAGGCGCCUAUCAGCGGGGUUCCUCUGGCCAGGGGUACCAUCCCGUGUGUUCCUAAAGUUCAACUAAACGGCGUUGUCAAUCAAACCACCGUUGCCUCGGCAACAAGAGCUUACGCGACCAGUCAGGACCAGUCACACGAUGAUGAGGUGCUCCAGGAGAUGCAGCAACUUCUGUACGAAGCCGCUGACAUAUACACUACGCCCUCACACGACACGUCCGGUCACAGUAGCACAGGCGGUCACCGCGAGGUUUGGAGCAUCCAUGAGUAUUUGGUGGACGUGAAAGACCUUCCCCCGCGCUCCUCAAACGAGACAGUGAUCGAUACCUCCCUGACAGACUCACCCCCUGACGCAGAGGGGGGGAAAGUCACCUCUAACGAAGAUGAGCUUGUUCCAACUGUAAGCCAGGGCGUGGUUGAGGCUACGAGCCCAUCACAGCAAUCUUUUUAUGACUUCGGUGAGUGCCCAGCCUGGCUAACAGAUCUGCUUGAGGCCGAUGAUGAGAAAACUGUGCCCAGUGUGACAACAGAUGAGCUGCCCCUCCCUGAUCCUAAUGCAAUCGAGGAGCUGUUGGCUCUGAUGGACGAAGUCAAAAGUCCCGCCAGUGACUCCCUUAUCGCCCGCGAAACAAAUGAUCUAUCGACUCUAGCAAGAGAGGUGGAGAACACGGCCACCCGUCCUAACAAUAAAUACAAGUUCUCCCUGGCUGAUUGCAGCACAUUGGAAGAGCUACUUGCUCCUGCAGACGAGGUCAGCACCACGGCAGAGCCUGUUAACAGCCAACAAGUCUCCAAAGCUGAACCAGACGAUAACCCCCUUCCUGACCCACGUAGCAUGCGGGAGCUACUUGCUCUUGCAGACGAAGUCAGUACCGCGGCAGGGGGGAGGACAGUGCCUGUUGGCAGCCAACAAGUCUCUGACGCUGCACAAGAGGAGGCCCCACUUCCUGACCCCAGCACCAUGCAGGAGAUAUUGUCUCAUGUCGGGGAGGUGACGAGUGCUGUUGAGAAUGGUGAUUCCUCCAGCAACGCGAGUUGCGUUGAGUAUAUCGAGGUCAUUGAAGAGGGGAUUGUUCCUCCUUUCACCACGCCCCCCGUCUAUCAAAGCCCCACUGGGCCCGCUCAGGUGUGGUUCAGCCCUUACACUUGCACGUAUAUGAACAUGUCUGCCGAACUCGCCGCAGUCUUCCCCCAUUCUGUCGCCCCGUGGCCAUUGAAUAGCACUUCUGUACAGGAAAUGACGUCACGCAAGCGCAGAUGCAGUAAAAAAAUUAAUGAAGAGAAGACAAAGAGGAGAAGGACUGUGGACAAGUGUGGUGCGCCUCAGUGAACGAAAUCUCCCUUCAGUGGAGGGGGCAAGAAAAAAAUAGGAAUUUGUAAUUAGGAAUAGACAUUAUCAAGUAGACAUUAUUCUAAUAAUUUGUUUAAAUCAGUUAUAC